ACACGCACGUACAUGUUGUAUCGUCCUGUGGUAUGAUUGGGCGGGGCAGGGGAGCCGGCCCACAGGCAGGUGAAGGAGAGCUUGUGGUGGUGAGGUUCGGGGGCUGCUCCUCUCCAAGACAUGACGGACACCAGCACGCAGCAGGAGGAAAUCAGCGUCAGGAGAACAAGUAAAGCAACAUACAGACGCUACCACAACAAGGGGGACAAACAUUUAAUUGACAGCUCAGAGGCUGACAUAGCAUCUGAGGAGCAUCAAAGAAGUCUACAAAUGCUCGGUGAGUGUGUGGAGAACAGCGAGGCCGAACAUCAUCAUCUACAACAACAACAAAACCAACAUCAACUUAAACAUCAGGACACAUCAGCAUGCAGGAAAGCAGCACUGGUCAGGUCAAAGAUGUUUGACGCAUCUCUGCUGACUCCCAUACAAAGCGAGCUGGACUCAAAGCUGGAAAGGAAGAAGUCUCACUACACUCAGCUGUCCAAGGGCAACUGUCAAUACCAUAAAAUCUUCAAGGAGAUGAGCAAGGAUGAGCAACUCAGACAAAGUUACACGUGUGCUCUGCAGAAGGACAUUUUGUACCAGGGCCGCAUGUUUGUCUCUGACCACUGGAUCUGUUUCCACUCCAAAGUCUUUGGAAAAGACACCAAGAUCGUCAUCCCGGUAGUCUCCGUCACCCAUGUCAAGAAAACCAAGACGGCCCUCUUGGUGCCCAACGCUGUGGUGAUCGCUACAGCAAAUGACAGAUAUGUCUUUGUGUCCUUCCUGGCCCGGGACAAUACCUACAAGUUCCUCAUGUCCGUCUGUCUUCACUUGGAGGAGAAGAGUCCAUGCAACAGCCCCUUUCUGUCUUCAUCCCAAAUCAACUUCCGAGGUCGGACAUCACCUCACUCGCCACGUUUUCCUUUGAGUUUCCACGCCGACUUUGCUGACCUGGAUGAAACGUUAAGGAAGAGUAGGCAAGACACAGAGGAAAGCAGCACUUCUGAUUCCCAGACACCGGACGAUGACAAGAUGGCAGACUUCCCAGUUCCUCCCUUGCUGGACACGUUGAAGUGCAGUGACGUCUCUCCACAUCCUGACCAUCAACACCAACUGAAGAAUACUCUUCAUUUCAAAAAUUCCAAGCUUCCCAAGCAGGAAAGCAAGCAGCACGGUUUCGAAGUGAAGCAAGAGGACACCGGAAGUGGACAAGCUCUUUCGCUCAACACUCUGCUGUGUGCUUACCUCUUUCUAGUGUGCGUCUUAGUGUUGUCAUCAUGCUUCCUGACCAUGAAGAUGUUUUCCUUGGAGCAUCGACUGGCGACGCUCGGCUCCAUCGCAGACUUGGCUCAGCCAGACAGCAUCUUCCUGCAAGGUAGCGACAACGUCAACAGGGAACUUUUCUCAGAACUUCUGAGCCUCAACCUCAAGAAGCUGGAGAAGGUGCAGAAGAAUCUUCAAAGACUUUUGGACGAAGCCGUCUGAAGAAUUUUUAACCCUACAAAUAUUUGUUAUAUAUAUAUAUAUACCUUUUUAUUCAAAUGACAACCUUAGAAUUUGGAAUUAGGGAGUUGUGUUGUCAGUCGUUUAUUGAAUAUAACAGAUGUUAAUUUAACCUAUGGCUAGCAAAGUCUGAGAAACUGGUAAUUUAACAGCGGCAUCUUAAAUUGUUAACUGUUUAUAUAAUUGAUGUUUUAAAAUUGGGGGAAAAAAUCUGUAUUUGUCGCAUGUUUGUUUAAUAAAAUAAGAGGACUGAAUGGCA